AUGCACGAGCAUGCUCCCAAGCCAGUGGCGGGGGCGUCGGACGCGCCGACAGACGCGAUAGAGGAUACCAACACCGCCGAGAGUGGUGCACUGCGCGCAAAGAGAGCACACGAUGCGGUUGAGCUGCCGGCGAAGCGCGCCAAGCCGUCGAUAUCCUUGUCCAUGUGGCUCACCUCCUCCGGCGAAAGCGCGGAUCCGGAGCAGCUACCGCCCCCGUCGACGUGUGCAGCGGCGCGCAUCGAGGACCGCAGCUCGGUGUUUGUCGGCUACGUAUAUCCGCUCACGACUGCGUCGCCGACUAAGAUUGCGGCGUUGCUCGAUAAUCUGACGCGCGUCGUGCAUCCCUCGAUUCCCGUGGGCAUGCUCCCUCCCCAGUUUCAGCACUCGGCGCCGAAUCGCCGGGGGAGCACACACGAUAUGUACGCCUACCGCGUGCUCCAGCUCAAGCCGGGACGCACGGGCCUCGGAGGCCCGAGCGAUUUCGGGAUGGAGCACGGCCAGGAAGACGACGGCGAGGCGUACGGCGCCGAAAAGAUUAUGCGUGUCAUUCGCGAGCUCGGCGCGAGCGAUGUAUUGGUUGUCGUCAGCCGCUGGUACGGCGGGCAGCUGCUGGGUCCGGCGCGCUUCGAUCACAUUACCAACGUCGCACGGGCCGCCUUGCAGCACUACCUCCAAGACGAGACGGUGCGUGAGAAGCGCACGCAGCUCCAGGCGCUCGACCGGCGCCUUGCGCGGGCGCGGCAUCCCGACCAGGAACCCCCGCCCCCGGAUCCCUACGCUGAUCUGACGUUGGAUCGUGCCGAGCGACUUUUGCUCGCACGCACCAAAGCGCUUCAGGUGCUGCAGCGCAAAGCGGCAGAAGCGAGUCAACAAAGUACAUAA